AUGGUUGAUGAUGAUGAAACAAAGCAUUCUAGUUUAGAACUCAUCGGUGUAUGGGGACAUGAUAUCGCUUGUGUUCUAGCGAAUGCGGUAGAGAAGAUGAGGCCAAGAGGAGAAUCUACAAAUCCUCUUGAGACAAUUAAGCAGAAUGGAUUCAAGGGUUUGAGUGAUGGUGGUGACAUCGAAAUCGUUGGCAACAAAUUUCUCUCAAGAACAUUUGAGAUUGUGAAUAUGGUAGGGACAGGGGAAAGAAGAAUAGGAUUAUGGAGUUGUGAUCAUUUCUACGGAAGAAGAGGCAUUAUGGUUUCUUCUACCAAUGAACUUGAGACCAUAAUCUGGCCUGGUGGGUCUGGUAGAAUCCCAAGACACCGUUUUUUGGAAGAGAACGGUGAAAAGAAGAAGUUGCUUAGGGUCUUGGUAACCGCAGGAAACAGGUUCCCACAUCUGGUGGCGGUGCGUCCUGAUCCUGAAACGGGUCUUAAUACGUUCUCUGGAUUCUGCAUAGAGGUUUUCAAGACUUGUAUUGCUCCUUUAAACUAUGAGCUGGAGUUCAUACCUUAUGAUGGAAAUAACUAUGACAAUCUUGCUUAUGAGCUAUCUACUCAGAGAGACAAAUAUGAUGCAGCUGUUGGUGACAUCACCAUAUUUUCGAACAGAUCUUUAUACGUUGAUUUUACCUUGCCUUACACUGACAUGGGUAUUGGAGCCUUGGUACUAAAGAAAAAGAGAGAGAGCAUGUGGACUUUCUUUGACCCUCUUGAAAAAUCCUUGUGGCUAGCAAGUGGAGUUUUCUUCAUCUUGACCGGCAUUGUUGUUUGGUUGCUUGAACGGGCGGUUAAUCCUGAAUUCCAGGGCUCAUGGGGACAACAACUUGGUAUGAUGCUUUGGUUUGGGUUCUCUACCCUUGUGUUUGCUCACACGGAGAAGCUGCAAAAAAUGUCAUCAAGAUUCCUAGUCAUAGUAUGGGUUUUUGUGGUGUUGAUAUUGACUGCAAGUUAUAGCGCAAAUUUAACUACAACAAAGACCGUUUCUCGCAUACAAUUAAAUGAGUUGGCUAUCACCAACCCUGCGGAAUUUAGAGCUGUUAGAACCAGAUUUUUGAAUACCUAUGAGGAUUAUGUUCAAGCUUUACGGAAUGGAACUAUCAAUUAUGUUGUCGAUGAAAUACCAUAUCUCAAAGUCUUUCUCGAAAAUUAUCCGGGUCUCUUCGACCUGAUAGAUAGAAAAAGUGUGACCAAUGGCUUUGGGUUUAUGUUUCAGAGAGGCUCAGGUUUGGCUCAUAACGUGUCAAGAGAAAUCGCAAAGCUAAGGUCAUCAGGAAUGUUGGGAGACAUGGAGAAAAGAUGGUUCCGAAAGCAGGAUUGUUUUACUACAAAUCUAAACGUUGAAUCAUCUAAAAAUGACAAUGCAUAUGAGCAUCUCACCAUCCGAGAGUUGGGAGGUUUGUUCAUCAUUGCAGGGGUUGCUCAUGCUAUUGUACUAAUCGUGCACUUGUUUCAGACGUGGCGAGAAAUAUUGUGUGUAUUGAGGGAAUCUCGACUCUUCACCAAACUUCAAAAAAUUUCAAGCUUCUAUAUAAAUAAGUUUAAGGAUCCAUCAAUCAUAAGCAGGAGUAUAGCCUAA